CGUCGGGGCCCUGACCGACGGCGAGGCCUGCCGGGCGUGGGGCGCGGUGUCCUGCUGCGGCGAGGGCGACCAGGGCGCCAGGUGCACCCGCCGCUCGCUGCUGUGGGUGGACGCGCUCGGCGAGGGCGGGGCAUCUUCCCAGACCUCCGGCUGA